GCAAAAGAGUAGGAGGGAUGGUAGCGGUUCUAGAGUUAUUUGAGGAUUAAAAUUAUUGUAUAAAUUUAUGUUUGUGUCAUAAAAUUAAAUAGAUAGCUAAUGUUUCAAAAUUCUAUGCAAGUUUCUUCUCUAUAUAAAAAUAAAUAGAACUGAAGCGUUAGGGGAAGAAGUUAGCUGAGAAGAAAGAAAACAUCUAUUAUGGAUUUUCGGACUGAAUCAAAUUGUGAUGAAUUUUACAGGUUUCUUUUGAGUUUUAGUUCUAAUUUUUAUUGAAAUACGUGUGUUUGUUGUUAUUCAACUGUUGCCAUUACCAAUUCGUUUAUCAAGUAAAUACUUUGCAGCUUUUUAUAAACAUGCUUACAACAUUUCUUAGGUAGUUUACAAUAUUAUCAGCAUAAAGACAACAGUGAAAUAUUAUCAUGGGAUCCAAAGUCAAAACUCUUCUUUCUUUAUCUUUUGUUUUAUCAUUUAUAACACAAAUCUGUUCGGAAUCUGUUGCUGUCACUUGCACAAAAACUUACGAUGUAAAGCCUAAUGAUAAACAGAUUCUUGAUUGGUUUAGACUGAGAUGUGGAGGCGAAAAUGGAAUCAUCAGCUCACUUGGUGAAUUGCAGUCAAAAUGGUUCAAAAAUGCAACUGAAGUUACGGAUUUGGAUCUUUCGCAGAACAAUCUGACACACAUCACUGCCAAUCUUCCAUACCUACCGAAUCUUUUAAAAUUAGACCUAAGUAGAAAUCGUAUAUCGAAGAUUGACUUGGGAGCUUUUUCCAACUUGACAUCUUUGAAAACAUUGGAUCUCUCUUUCAACAAAUUGAAGCACCUAAGUAGAGCGUAUUUUGAAGGCUUAUCUAAUCUGGAAAGACUGAGACUGAGUGAUAAUCAAAUCAGCCAAAUAAAGGAAGGGACUUUUGAUGAUCUAGUAUCAUUGAAAAAGAUCAAUUUGACGAUGAAUCCUCUGAUCUGCGACUGUUCGCUAUGGUGGCUGCCUGGCUGGGCUCGCAACGAGUCGGUGAAGUUGAACCCCCUGCCCAAGUGCAGCGGUCCACCCCCCCUGCGCGGGCAGACUCUGCGCAAAUUGAAGCCGGGCGUCGCCUAUGCCUACUGCGACUGGCCCACCUCACAGACCGCCUCUCACGCCACCUCUUUCCUCGAACUGAGGCCCCAACACAAUCAGGUUGUGUUCGAAGGCGACUCGUUGAAAUUGCAAUGCCGAGUAGUGAAGGAGUCGGCGAGUGAAGACUCAGUGAUCUACUGGAAGUGGGCCGGCUUGAAUCCCAUUGAGGUGUUCGACGGCGCCAUUGUUGUCAGCAAUCGCUCCAUCAAAGACAGUGGCCUCAUCGAGAGUGUUAUUCAAGUGGAAUAUCUGACUAGCAACUACAGUGGUCAAUGGGAUUGUCAUUUGACGUCGAGCGUUGCAAAUCAGUCAACCUCAGUAGCGAUAGUUGUAAUCACAGAAGCUACACACUACUGUCCCAUCACCACGACCAGCAGCAAUAGGGGAUUUUACGUUUGGCCGAAGACAAUAGCCAACAAUGUGGUGGAAUUGCCAUGCGCCGUGCCAACAGACGGCGACGAAGACGGAGCAGCCAGGCACACUUGCAACGAGACCGGUCAUUGGUCCACGCUCGACACCUCCGCGUGUCCUUUCUACAGCGAAGUCACGCGUACUCUCUACCAGUUUUCUCAGAUGAACACUAGUUUGGUGAAUGGAAAUGCUCUGGAGACAAUAAACAAGUUUUGCAACUACACUAAUGAUGCUGGUAGAAUAUUCACGGACGAAAUGGAUAUAAUUUUCAUAACCAGAACUGUGAAGAACUAUCUAAUUUUUGUCAAAAAUGACCCCGAGGUAGGUAAGGUGCUGUUGGAAAUCAUUCAUGGUUUGAUGCGACAGCCACAUGAUCUACUUGACAAGGCCCAACAACUUGAAAGAUCCGCUUCAAUUCUGGUUUCAGCCAUCGAAGAAAUCGUCAAGUUGUCUUCAUCAUUUCAAUGGCAUAGUACUCCAAAUCAAAGUUUGUUGGUUGAGGGGUACGCUGUUUCGUGGGGAAGCUUCCAAGGUCUCUCCUGCACUCGCUAUGGCUACCUGAAGCGCAGUGACAAACUAUUCAAGUGUUCAACUGUAAACAACGUAGGACUAACCUCAACUAAUGAUUUGAUCAUGGAAGCUUCUGUACGAGUUCAUCCAUCUUUGUUCCAUCAUACGGAAACAAAAAGCUCAUACCAACUGAUGGUCAGCAUGUUUGAGAACAGCAAAUUGUUCCCUCGCUUGAAUGCCAAUGAUAGCAUGGCCAUCACUAGUAGUGUAGUCGGAGUUAAAAUCGCUGACGUGGAAAUCGCGUACCUGGCCGAGCCGGUGUACGUGAUGGUGCAGGUGGAGUGGAGUGGGUGGAGUGGGGGGCUGCGGCCAGUGUGGUGGGAUGCCGGCAACAGCCAAUGGCGUGACGACGUCUGCAAGGUCUCCAACCUCUCCUCCCCCCUCCUCACCGAUGUCCUCGUCUUCCAGUGCUACAAGCUCGGCUACUUUGCUGUCCUUCAAGAUGUCAGCCAUCUUAAUCUCAGAGAGGAAGUGCCUGCCAAAUGGAGGUUGGCUCCUCCAGCAGUGUACGUGGGCACGUUCAUAGGCGCCACCUGUAUGCUAGUAGCCUCCGUCUCGUAUGCUCUCUACCAUACCUGUAUUCAGAUGCCCACAAAGGCCAAGCACUCGCUGGCAAACACAUGGCUGGCCAUGGCUCUGCUCUUUAUCACCUACAGCGUGGGCAUUUAUCAAACAGAAGAUCGUAACACUUGUCAGAUUAUAGGACUCGUUCUCCACUAUCUGACUCUUUGUUCAUUGUUUUGGAUGGCUCUUACAAUAAAUGGUUUGUACAAGCGUGUAUCAAAGCGUGAUCCGGUUGAGACGCCAGGGGGUGCAGGGGGUCGAGGAGGAGAGGAGGUGGGUGAGGAGGUGGUGGUGGGACAGCCGCUGGUGGGGGUGUACCUGGUGGGGUGGGGCAUAGCCCUGCUGCUGGUGGGGCUGAGUGGGGCCGUCAACCUGCGGGGCUACGCGGCGGUGACCCACUGCAGCCUGGGGCCUGGCCCGGGGGUCAGUGCCCUCGUGUUUCCGUCGGGCUGUUUGGGGAUCUAUCUGUUGUUGCGUUGUGUGAUGGUGCGCUGUGCCGCUCUCAGCCUGGACUCGAACGCGCAGCUCAGUGAGGGCACCCAGGCCACCGACCUUGAGCUCACCCUGGUCGAUAACCAUCACCACACGCUCACUCUCUGCAACGACCUGCGCAUGCGCAGUGGCAGUGUUCGCAGUGUGGCCACGCCCUCCAGUCAGCUGGAGGACCCCGAGCACUCUCCCUCCUCCCACUUGAAAGCGUUCCUCAUCGUGCUCACCCUCUUCGUCUCCGUGUGGUGUUGUGCGGCGCUCACCACUCUCACACCGCUCCACCUCCCCUACGAGGAGACCGUAUUCAGUGUGCUCUACGCCCUGCUAUUGAUCAUCCUCGGCAUGUUUGUUGUGUUCUUCUACUGCUUGGCGCGUGAAGACGUCCGCCAGGCCUGGUUCUCGUUGAAGCCUUGCUGUCGCUCGCGGCUUGUGACCGAUUCGCGACCGGCUCCCCCGCCACUCGUCUCCUCGUCGGACAGCCUCAACUCCAGUUCUGGCCGUAAGUCGGCCGCCACCGGACUCAACUCCACGCUGCCGAUCGGCGCCGCCGCCACCCGCGACAAGAACGCCGACCUCAUGCUCAUGCACCGCCGCCAUUAUCGGCCCGACAACAAUGGCGUCAUCGGCUCCAAUGAGGUCGACCUAUUCUACAAUCCUCAUCAGAUUGGUGUGGCGAGAAAAUUCUUCAAGAAGCAGCGUCGCAAGCAGAACAAUGUGCUGGCUGGCAGUCGCCGUAGCGGGGGGGGACGGGGCGUCAUCACCCGUGCCCCCGGGGCUGCUGGGGGGUGUGGGGGCGGCCAAGGUCAACAACACCAACCUGCAUGUGGAGCUGCCUCAUUGCCACCCCACCUCCAACCCCAACCUGUUAGGGGGGUUGGCCGCCCCCUGUACGCCCGCCUCCGCUCUGCCGCCUCCCGGUCGACUCAACAACGGCAGCAUACGAUCAACUGGUCAUUGGUGAUUGGACUCGUAAAGGAAAUAGAGGAAUCAGAGAUGGGGCAGGUUUCACAGCGGGAGUACUUUCUGGAAGACCAGCUGACGAGUGUAGUGAGCAGCUGCUGCGGCGGAGUGUCGGGUGCGGACACGGACUGCGGUCGCGACAUCUCGUGCCAGCAGAGCUGCGGCUCGUCGCACAUGGCCGUGUCAGAUCAGUCGCAGUCGCAGUCGGACGGAGGCAGUCACCUGUACGCCACCAUCGACCCGCCCUCGCCCCGCCCCCACCGGCCGGGGCAUCGCUCCGUCCCCCGCCACCGGCCGCCGCUGCCACCGCCUCCGCCCAAGCGUGCGCACAGCGACAGCGAGAAUCGCUUCACCGACGACUCCAACGCCAGCAAACGCGAGACCAGCGUAUAGAUAAGUCAUUCCACUUUAUUCUAUUUAUUGCCAGGGAGAAUAGCAAGUGAACCUUUUUGAAACACUCAAGUGAAUUCGAAUGGCUUUAUGUUGGUUCGGGUAGGUCCCACAUCCCUCGAGUAUAUAAUUUGAGCCGUCAAUGAGAUAAGUUAACACUUAACACCAUUCCUAUUGAUUAUAUUCCACUAUAAUCUAUUUAUUGCCAGAAACUCUCGAGUAAAUUGGUAUGGCUUUUUGUUGGUGCGGGAAGGUCCCAUUUCGCCUGAAUGUAUCAUUUAAGCAGUCAAAAACAAUGGCAUUUCCGAUUGCAAUACUUCAGGCUGGGAUCAUCAAUUUAACACUCCUAUUCGAGAACACGGGAGUGAUCUAGUUAUAAACGUUUGGUGAUAAGUGGGUUUGAACCCGGGAUCUCUAGACUGUGUCAGGUAUCCUUUUUAUGGGUUUUACCACAUAUAAAAUAAGACUGUUCAGUAGACUGUUGAGACCGUAUUGACAGGUUGGUGCAGGCAAGACUUAACCUGUCUUAUGGCUGUAUCAGCUGCACCUGUAGGUUGAACGUCAGAACUGAAUAUGUUCACCAAAAUGCGCACGAUAGACCUUACAAAUUUUCUAUGUACAGAACAACUUUUGUCGGCGACCUAGCUUAGGGUUGACUUCUGGUGUGAUAUAUAAGUCCACGGGUGAGUCUUGAACGCGAGCUCAUGACUCGGGCUUACUGGGAAUUCCUCGUUCAUGGAGAAUAAUUGCAAGCCCAAAUCCCCAGCAGAAACAUUCGAGUAACUCACAAACAGCAACUCGAUUCAAUAAAUACAAGCUCAGCGUACUUUUCAGCGUAAAUUCAAUUCAUUGUUUUCUUGGAUUUG